AUGGAGGGGGACUGUGUGCACCUGGAGCACCUGGAGCACAGCGCCAGUGGCCACACUUGUGAGGGAUUCUCUGACAGAGUAUACCUGCUGGCAUCAGUCAUUUUCCAAAACAAUUAUCUGGAAAAGCCAGCAUCUCAACGACUAGUGAAUUAUGGCAACGAAAGAGGCCUCACUCUGCCUCAGGUCCCUGACAGUGCGAUGCAGCUCGCAGCCUAUAAGCUGGUGUAUAAUGCAUUCAAAUAUCAAGAGCUUCUAGAAUACAUCCUUCUUGACAGUAGAUUUUACCUCACACAACCACUGCCAGAUGAUCAAAUGAGUCUCGUAGUUGUCAUGCUCUACGAUUUUCAAGACCGGAAGUUUCUCCCUCGCAAAUGUAAGAAGACAGAUGCAAAAAUAGCAGAAGUGAGAGAUGUGGAGCUCCACCUCCUCAGAUUCACAGCCAAGUUUGCCGCCUCCUUGGCUCGCUGGAGGAUCAAACAUCAGGUCCUGUCCAUCGAGUCUAUGUUGCCUGAGACUGUGAGGAUAAAACAGGAGAGAGCCAGCAGCCUCAUGCUUUAUACCUGGGUCAACUCUCUGAAGAGCAGUCUUGAUGAAGUCCAGAGCGAGCUGAGACGAGCUGGUUUCUCCAGGGUGAGAUCAGUGGGGAAGCUGCUGGGGAAGACUUUCUGCCUGGAUCUGCACUGUGAGGAUAUGGUGGUUUUCCCAGCUCACGCCAAAGCUCAACUGGACCUCACCGACCUGCUGAGAGACCACAAGCUCAUUGUGCAGGAUAAAGCCUGCUGUUUUGGCCCGAAUGCAGUGAACCGCUUGUACCGAGAAACUGAAAAAGGCGAUGUUCUUAUGGCUGGAUGUUUCUCCGGUCUGACUGUCGCACAUACGGCUUCUCUAAUUGCAAUGAAACAAAAAAAUACUGAGAAGAGAAAAACCACUGUGUUUGUGUGUGUGGGAGACUGUACAGAGGCUCAGAGGAGGAGGCUGCAGCACUUAGUCAACGCAACAGGCUGCAAAAAUGUGAAGCUGAUACCAGGGAGCAUUCAGUCACUGGACAGAACCAACAAACAGUUUAAAAAAGUGUGUGUCAUCUUCUUAUCGCCUAAAUCUUCUCUGUCAGCGAUCAGCAAUCCAGUUGAAUUCAUACUGCAAGAGGACAGAGAUACUGAGAUGCUGCAGGACCUAGCUCAGGGAUCCAUCGCCAAAAGCAAACUGGAAGCUCUGGUUGUGCAGCAGAAGAAGGAUAUUGAUCACGCCAUGAAGUUCCCUUCCAUCCUGUCAUUGAUCUACACCACAUAUUCCUUGAACCCAGAGGAGAACGAGGAGGUGGCCAGAGCCGUGUUGGAGCCCGCCUGCAAGUGUGGAGAGAGCAGCAUCAGUCAGAGCAGUUUACCGACUUUCAGUUUACCGACUUUCACUUCUUCUUUGGACUCAGAGGAACUUUUCUUCAAGCUGGAGCCCACAGAACACUACAAUGGCUGCUUCAUGGCUGUUUUUACCAGAGAAGCUCCACAAGAUGUCAAAAAUUCCGCAACAGAAGACCCAGUGGAAAACACAACUGAAAAACCACAGCGCAGAAGAUAUCAAAGUCGGCAAACUCGACUCCGAAAGAAAGACACCAAAUCCAUCAGCAGCAACAGCAGCAGCAGCAGCGGUACUUCCUUAAACAAGUGUGCAGCUCCAUCGGCCAAAACCAAAGAGUCUGCCCAGUUGCUGCUGGCGAGAAAAAACUCCAGAGAUUCACAAAAAUCACAAACAAUUGAGAAAUCGAAGAGCUGGAGUAACACUAUCAUUCAUCCCCAUCAUCUUCCACAUGAGAAUGUGCCAAAGCUCAAAGAGUCUACUGCAAUAGUCCUGCCUAAGACUAAUUCUAUUGGCUUCAUGAGAUCGUCUAAACUGGAGGCUUAUGGAACAUCAAGUAGUCGGAAAAAAGCGGCCCAUCUUUAUCCAGCUUCUCGAGACGUGCACAAGCCCACAGUGAUCUCUCUGCCUCAGGUGGAGUUCCCUGCUCUGUUCCCACCUCACAAAUCCUCACAAAGGACAUGGGCCCCGUUUCAACAGUCGCAGGUGAAGGUCUUAGCUCAAAAAGUCUUUCAUAGUCGCAGAUGA